AAUCCAAAAGAUUUAAACCUAAAAACGGUAUCUAAUAGAUUAAGAUGGUAGUCGAGAGUUGAAACAAAGCACAAAAUGCACAGUUACGGACAAGGGAACGUCAGCUAGAGGGAGGUCUGCCACGUCCAGCCUUACGGAGAUUUUAACCUCCAGAGGCAGUCAUGUCCAACCAAGCUGGAGAUCCCGGGUCCUCAAUACCUGUUGGCCAUCAGUAUGGAGAUGCCAGCAACUUUUUUGAUCAGUUGUCACCAGCUCCACAAGAUAUCACCCAGCAAGGGAUACCAUCACAACCAAUUGUGACAGGCACAACAGGUGCCAUAGUCACCCCUCAUCCUGAGUUGACAAUCCCCAAUAGUAUUACUUUGAAUCAGGUACCUCCAAACCUCUCAAAUACUAACUUAUUACUGAAUGAGGAAUCUGUUGAUACUGCAAGUGAGUCGCUCACUCAGAAUCAAGAAGCUAUGAAAGAAUCUGAAAGUCCAGCAUUAUCUGACCAAUCAGCUUCAGUCACAAGUCUGCCAGUAUCUUCACAGCAAGUGGCCCCUGUGAUGUACCCUCCAUGCCAGGAUGUUUCUCCUCAGAAUAUGCCUGAUUCACAAACUACCAUUCCAUUAACUCCUCAAUCUAACUUGCCAACCAAUGAAUCCUUGUUUGUUCCUCAAGCUCCUACACCUGAGACCCCACAGAAUGCUUCAUCAUCCCAGUCACUGCCAACACAGCUCACUCCAGUUCAGUCAGCAAUGAUGAUGAGCAUGUCAACAUCAAUGAUGGCUGCUGCUGCCACAUCUCCUAAUACCAGUGUGGACGUGGAAGCAACUACUGUAAAGUUUCAGCAAGCCAGUCUCAACAAUGAUGUAUAUCCAAACACUCAGCCAUUAGAAUCAUGUAUAGCAAAACCAGGUACAGUUGCUAUUGACAAUGUAUCAGUUUCAAAUCCUACAUCAGCUGGGAUUUCUACAUCAACAGCAGCUAAUGACCAAAAAUGUGAGACAACAAACAUCAAGUCCCAAAUAAGCUUAGGUUUAACACAAGCAUCAUUACCCAUUAGACCCAAACAGAAUGAAUCUAAACUACAUAAAUACUUCAGCACCAGUAAGGCAUCUAAUCCCUUUGAAACUAUUGGGGCUAAGAUAUCAGGGAGUUGCAAUGACUCGACAAUGAUAAAUCCAGUUUAUAUGUCACCAACAGAUAGUUUCAACAUCAGCAAUGCCAUUCCAUCUCCAGACUCUUUUCUGACUCCAGCCACAGAACAAGAUGUGUUUACUGCCAGCCUUCUCUCUAGUGAUGCUGAUAGAAGACAUGAUGCCUGGAUCCCUCAGGAAGCCACUCGUCAAGCCUUAAUAGCUAUGUCCUCAAGUCCUCCUGGCACAUAUUUUCCAGAGAAAGAGUUGCUCACCAUGCCAGGAAUAGCUGUGAAGGAAGAUUUUGGAGAUCCAGUUAAAAAUCUAGUUAGAACUUACCUUGGAGAAGAAAUGUCUUCUAAACGAGUGGUGUUGACAGCAGCCUCAGUGACUCAGGAUGACAGAGGGCUGAGACAGUUGAUAGCAGCUGGGUGUUACCAUGCAGCAGUCAAUCUGACAACACAACUCUUGACGGUAUAUGGCCAGGGAGAGGGCAGAGCGGGCCACCCAAGCAAACACACAGCACAUUCUAUACAGCUCUGGUUUACAAGAAUAGCUCUGCUCGUCAAGCUUCGCAGAUUUUCUUUGGCAGAAGUAGAAUGUCAGUAUUUUAAUGACCUUGAUGCCCCAGACUUGUACUUUGAGUUCUACCCUGAACUCUAUGGAGGCCGAAAAGGAUCCAUGGUGCCAUUUGGGUUUAGAUUACUGGUGGCAGAACUUCCUCAGCACUUAGGGAAGCACACACAGGCACUUGAUCGUCUUAAUGCUCUGCUGAGGACGUGCAAUCAAAUAAUAAAGAAUCUUAAUAAUGGUCUCAGUGAAGAUGGCAGCAACCUUGAGAUGACCAAUAACAUGCGUGAUGACUCUCUCAAGUUGUGGAGGACCCGAAGGCACCGGGUCAUGUACUCCAUCACAAAUUGUGCAGUUAGCUUGAAAGAUUUUCGCUUGGCUGGGAGUCUCAUUGAGCGCUUAAUUCAGGAGGAUCCAAACUCAGCUGCUGGACUGUAUUCUGCCUUAGGACGAUUAUGCCUCCAGCUCGGUGAUGUAACAGCAGCCCAGGAAACAUUUAACCAGUAUUUUGAGCACAGUUUACCACCUCCUCAUCAUGACCCUGUUCAGGGUCUUCUCCAUUCUGCCUAUGUAUCAAUAGCACAGAAUGCCUUCAAAGAUGCAGCUGAAAUCCUACAACAAGCACACAAGAUUAAUCCUAGCAAUGGACUGGUUAUCAACAACUAUGGUGUGUGUCUAAUGUACACUGGCCGAGUGAGUGAGGCCAUUGCACUUGUGGAGGGUGCAGUCUUCUCACAGCCGGAACGCUUCCUUCAUGAGGCUAUUGUUCUAAAUUUGGCCACAAUGUAUGAACUGGAAUCAUCCAAUGCUCACCAGAAAAAACUUAAGAUCCUUUCUUUAAUCGCCCAACACAAAGGGGAUUCUUUCAAUGUAGCAGCACUCAAACUUCAACCUCAGUGAAUAUUUGCACUCUUUAAGGCUUAACUAAUAAAGCUGCUCCUCAUGUAAGUGUGUGCAUCAAGAAAAUUAUAAAAUUACAAAAUUAUAUUCAUAAAAGCUUCAGUUUUGUAUACCAAGACUGUAUCUGUGGACUAAAUUUCAACUUUGUAUGCCAAGACAACUUUUACUUACAAGUGAAAUGUAGUAUAUAUUUUAUAAGUCAUCACUGUAUCAUAUUAUAUUCAAGAAGUGCUAUUAAAUAAUUAUUUUUUAGAUUAUUGUACAUAAUUACUUCUUAAUAAUAAUACUUCUUCCCCACAAUAAA